AUGGGCUGCGGGGGCAGCCGGGCAGACGCCAUCGAGCCUCGGUACUACGAGAGCUGGACGAGGGAGACCGAGUCCACCUGGCUGACCUACACCGACUCCGAGAGCCCCCCGCAGGAGCCCGGCGGCGCCGAGGCCGGAGGGAGGGAGCAGGGCGCGGGGCGCACCGGUAUUCUGGAGGAUGGAAAAUCAGCUCAGACGGGUGUAAGCACAACGUCAGCCACAGCAGGGAUUCUGAACGCCGAGAAGAGGACCAUUGGCGGUCCCCAGUGCACAAACCCCACGGUUCACCCCACUGGAGCUGUGCCACAGCGGCAGAGCGGCUUCCGAGCAGCAGAGGGUAAACGGGACACACAGAAAAUGCCCACAAAAGAAGUCACCAUUAAUGUUACAAAAAACACCAGACAAAGCGACAGAAGGAUAACAAAGAAUUGUGUCAAUUAA